AUGGGGCGGCUGGCAGAGCGGGUGAUUUUGAGGAUGCCCGCGGCGUCUGUGUCACCGGGGUCAGCGGCAGCCGCGGCCGUGGUCUCGGCUCUCUCCCGAAGCCGCUGGGGUGUUUGUUCAGGGGGACGCAGAGGGGCCGGCAGCGCGGACGUCCUAAGAUACGGCCGUCGGGGGGACGGCACGGAUGAGACAGCACGGGACACCCGAACCCUUGUCCUGCACCGAGGAGCAAGCAGCGGCUCUCAAGAAAUCCCUGGGGUGAGGGGAGGUGAAGGCCAGGCGGGAGCCUUCUGGAUAACGGGCCUUCCCCCGGGGAAUUACUUCAAGAAAGAUCCAGACGCCCGCGGCUCACCCCGUGGUCCCGCCCACCGCCGGCAGGCCUCGACGCUGCUGCCGCUGCUGCUGCUGCUGCAGGGCGCCAUGUUCUCGGGGUCCCCGCCGCCCCCCGGGCCGCUCGACGCGCUCCUCCAGUACAUCGACCUCCACCAGGAUGAGUUUGUGCAGGUGCUGAGGGAGUGGGUGGCCGUGGAGAGCGUUUCGGGGCAGCCCGCACCCCGCUUCCGACAGGAGCUCGCCCGCAUGAUGGCCAUGGCUGCCGACCGGCUGCGGGGCCUGGGAGCCAGCGUGCACACCGUGGAGCUGGGCUCUCAGCAGCUGCCGGAUGGCCGGAGCCUCCCCCUGCCGCCCGUCGUCCUGGCUGAGCUGGGGAACGACCCGGACAAAGCCACGGUCUGCCUCUACGGACACCUGGACGUGCAGCCCGCGCUGAGGAGCCGCGGGUGGCGCAGCGACCCCUACACGCUGGCCGAGGUCGACGGCAAGCUCUACGGGCGAGGAACGACGGACAACAAAGGCCCUGUCCUGGCUUGGAUCAACGCCGUGAGCGCCUUCCGAGCCCUGGGGCAGGACCUCCCGGUGAAUGUCAAGUUCCUCCUGGAAGGGAUGGAAGAGGCGGGUUCCGUGGGCCUGGAGGAACUCGUCAGGAAGGAGAAGGACGGCUUCUUCUCCGGCGUGGACUACAUCGUGGUCUCGGAUAAUCUGUGGCUCAGCCGCCGGAGGCCGGCGCUCACCUAUGGCACCCGAGGGAACAGCUACUUCACCGUGGAGGUGAAAUGCAGAGGUCAGGACUUUCACUCGGGAACCUUUGGCGGGAUCCUGCACGAACCCAUGGCUGACCUGGUGGCUCUCCUGGGUAGCUUGGUGGACUCGUCAGGACGUAUCCUGAUCCCUGGAAUCUAUGACCAAGUCGCUCCGAUGACACAAGAGGAAACUGAAAAGUACAAAACCAUUGAUCUGGACCUAGAAGAAUACCAGAAUAGUAGCCAGGUUGAGAAAUUUCUGUUUGAUACCAAGGAGGAAAUCCUCAUGCACCUGUGGAGGUACCCAUCUCUCUCUAUUCACGGGAUUGAGGGCGCCUUUGAUGAGCCGGGGGCGAAAACCGUCAUCCCUGGCUGUGUGACGGGGAAGUUUUCCAUCCGUCUCGUCCCUGACAUGAACGUGUCUGCGGUGGAGAAGCAGGUAAAGCAACAUCUUGAAGCCGUGUUCUCCAAAAGAAACAGUUCCAAUCAGAUGGCUGUCUCUUUGGUAAUAGGACUUCAGCCAUGGAUUGCGAAUAUGAAUGACAAUCAGUAUCUUGCAGCAAAAAGGGCCAUCAAAACAGUGUUUGGAAUAGAACCUGAUAUGAUCCAGGAUGGAUCGACCAUUCCGAUUGCCAGAACGUUCCAGGACAUCCUGGGGAAGAGUGUGCUGAUGGUUCCGCUGGGCGCUGUUGAUGAUGGAGAGCAUGCUCAGAAUGAGAAGAUCAACAGGUGGAACUACAUAGAGGGGUCCAAGAUGUUUGCUGCCUUUUUCCUGGAGGUGGCAAGACUGCAUGCAUCCCAGGACAGGGAUCUUCCCUGACCUGCGGGGGGGCCCUCCCGCCUGAGAUGGAAGCGUAAUAGCCUGAACAUACUGAUACAGUAAAGCACUCCCCCCACUCAAAACCACA